UCCAGCUCGAGUGGAGCCACUUGUGUGUCGAUCCUUUCCCGAUACCGAACAUAGUGACCCAAGUUUCUCCCCCGCCCUAAUCCUGACCUGCUGCUCUAUCUCCAUCUGGUCCAGCGGAAUUGCUUUCUCUUUCAGUGCGAUUUUGCAUUGCACACAAAGUCCUUCACUGUUCCUCGAUACGAUGGUGUUGGAAAGGAUAUCGGAACGAGAAGUGUUGGUAAAGUGCUUUUGGAGUAGUGAAAAAAGUGUGUGAGUGAAACGCGGGGAGCAUCUCCUCAGAGGAAUAGUGUUUUCCCCCCUCUAGGAUUCUUCAUAGUGGCAGCAUCUUCGCAUAAAUGUCUAACAUGUGUCAAAUUAUUUGUUGUGCAAUUUCUGAAUAAUUAACUCGCUCUGGAAUUUGACGAGUGUGCGGCUAUGCGCGCUAGACGUGAGACAAAAUAUCACUGGACUCCAGAGGGGAGAGACGAGGUUUUUUUCGUCUAUCUACUGAAUAAUAUGCUGAUGAAAGCUGAAUGAACUUAUUUUUGUGUGCUCCCCCCCCCCCCUCCAAAACUUCUGCGGAUUCUUUUGUUUCUAAAACUUUAUCCCCAGCAAAAAUCCUGAACUCGUUUCCCAUUUGCGAGGAUAUUGUGAUGGCCUGCAGCGAUGCGGAAAAUGUCUUCAUUUAGCGUGUGAAAUUAAGUGGCAUCGUGUGCUUUGUCGUCUACGUGGGAAGUGCGGUUCGGCGAGAGUUUGCCGCAUAACUGAGAUUUGAUAGGAAGAAGGCAGCUGCUGCAGCUAUAAAAAUCAGUGAAGUUGAAAGUGACGUGCCCUCCGCGCAGAAAAUUGAAUGAGAAAAAAAGUUGGACGGAAGAUUGAGUGCGAAGGAAAAUGCGUAUGAAAUAUGGCAAGCUGUUCAUUGGGUUUAUGAUUUGCUUUAACUUACUGGUGUUCUACUACUCGUGGAAGUAUUUUCUGACGACCACAAAUUUUUUGGCGGAUACUUUUGGGAAACGUGCACCAAGUGAUCAGAAUUUUCCCAACACAUUCAGUGAUAAUGAAAAUGCAAUACGAUCGGAGGCCAUGCGGAUGACUGUGUUACGUGAAAGAACGAGACCAACUAAAAUUGUGAAGUUUGCCCGGAUUCGUGAUCGCAUACAAAAUACCAACAAAUAUCUACGGAAUAGCAUCACGAUCAUAUUCCGGGAUUUCUUUGAUUUCGACAAUGAUCUCAUGCAGUCAAUCGCCAGUGCGGUUAACCUCAUACCCAACGUUCAAAUUUUAGUAAUCUCUCCGGAAAUUCCGUAUCCCCCACUGGAUGUUUUCACAAGCCCUGGCCAAUCCCCAAACGCAACCAACUGGUUCGAGAAGGACAGCAAUGUGAAAUUUUUCAGCCUCAGUUACGACAUUACCAAAUCCCUAAAAGAUACCCUACCGAUCCUACAGAUUAAGACCAAAUACGUACUCUUCAUGCCAGACAGCGUGCGGUUGAACGGGCGCUCGCUCCUAUCUCGGAUGCUGCGGGAGAUAUCCACCCCUUCCACCAACGAACUCCUCCUCCAGCAGCACCAGAAUCUGCUGCUCAAGCAAAACAAUCAAAUGAUAGAAAACAAAAUCGAUUUGAGGCAGAAACCGGAGCGUAAAAUAAUUGCUAUCCCAUUUUCCUCGAACCAGAAGUCGGCCACCAACUGCUGUCACCUGCAGCUCGAUCUGCCCAACUGGACGCUAGAGUACGUGACCGGCAAUGAGACCGACAGCUGUGACAUGUACAAACAGAAGCACGCCAUUCUGGUGGAGACAUCGCUGCUGAAGGAGAUGCCAGACGCGCUGUCGUCUCCGUUUCCGGAGCUGUUCUACAUCCAGGCCAAACUAGCCAACAUAAAGAAAGUCUUACUUGACGCACCACUGCAGGAUGGCAAAAAGUUGUUCACAUCCUACCACACCAAAACUAAGCGGCGCAACUUACGCAAAGAACAAUUUCGGGCGCUUUACCGGAAGCUGCAAAUUAAAAAGGUGGUCCACAAAAACUAUCUCUACGACAAGUCCAAACUUGCCAAGCGGAAGCUCAUCAAAAGCUUCGAGCACAACAAUCAGACAAUUUCGCUGCUGACGGAAAUUACCUUCUACGGGUGCGAAAAGCAAACAAAAAGCUGCAUCGGCCAAGUGUACAACUCACAGCCCUUCUACACGUACCUUGGUCGCCACACGCCCCCAUGCUGUUUGAACAAGCUGAAGACCGUCUUUCGCCACGUCGUGGAUGAGUUCGAAAACGUUGGCAUCCGAUACUGGCUGGAUAACUACGCGCUGAAGAAUGCCAUCGAACUGAAAACCCUUUCACCGGAUGCGUACGAAAUCGACAUAAGCUUCAACAGCGAUGACGUGCAGCGGUCUGUCGCAAUGAAAAAGGCCCAAACCAAACCGUACACCGACGGAGAUGGUUUCUACUGGCUGAAGGCAACCGAUGGCCACUACUUCCGCGUGCAAUACUCCAAGGUUAACCAGAUUGCGGUCAAUUUACUGCCGUUCGAUCUGAGCGGUGAAGUGGUCCGUCCGAACGGGUUUUACGGCUGGAAGGCGAAAAAAUUCUCCGUGGAAUUUCUCCAUCCCAUGUCGACGGUACUGUAUCUGGGGAAGUCCAUUAUGUGUCCGAACAAUGUGAUGGAGUAUCUCGAGGCUAAGAACAUCAAAUAGGACAAACAAAUGGUGAUGAAGAAAGGGUAUAAUGUUGAGUUCCUGUGAUAGAAUGGUGCCAGGAGUUCCAUAUCGAGGUGAAUUCCGAGAUGUGAGCACUUGGUAGCGAUUGUACAUAACUGAUAGGUAGCGCUAAACGUUUGCGAGCAAGUUAUCGCGAAUAGCUGUGAACCAUUUUUUGUGAGCCAGUUGGACAAUUGUUAGUGAAAUUAGGCUUUUAUGCAUUUUACUGAUAGUUUAGAGAAUAGCAAUUUUGUUGGUGCAACUAGUUAUUAGAUUCAUACGCUUAUAUUUUUGCGAUGUGAUGCAUAAAGUCAAUAAUAUAUUCAACAGAUGUAAAUGGAAAUAAAACAUUUUAAACGUUGUAAGCUAUAUUAGACGAAUACUGAGUCUUCGGAACAAAGCCGAUAUUAUUUUUUUAGCAAGCUAUCAUUUUAAGCAAUAUUUUCAUUCAUAAAUAGAAUACUACAUUUAUAGGAAAACAUGUACAUUAGCUCAAUGGACUUGGCAAUGUGCAGAGGCCGUUGUGUUUUGGAACAAGUUUCGGGUAAUAUAACAUACAGAUUACAAGAAAUAUUUCGAAAUUUCAAAUCGCACCACAACACUAUAUUUAUUAACACUAAGAAAAUCCCAAAGGACAAACCAAAUAAUGAACUCCAAGUUGAACGUUAACAUUUCAAACCAAAUCUAUUUAAACUUCAAUGUGCUGGCAAUUAAUACAACACUAGUUAUGAAAUUGAAACUCCUUCCGACUACACUAACGAUGUACAAGUAUCAAAACCAAAAAAAAUACCUAAAACAUUUUAAACCGCUCAAAAAUAAAUUAUUUAUUAUUCUCAUCA